GGCCGGGCGGGCGACUCUCCUGCGGGGAGCGGGAGGACGGGCGAAACUUUCCCCCCCAGCGGCGGCGGAGGCACCAGCGGCCGCCGAGGCGGGCUCUGCCGGCAUGGGCCCCGAGGCGCUGCAGCUCGGCACCUACGGCGGGGCGGCCGCCGCCGCCCUGCUCCUCUGGGCCGUUUGUCUGCUCUGCAGGAGGAAAAGGAAGACUGGAGAGCCCCCGCUAAUAAAUGGCUGGAUUCCUUACCUUGGGAAGGCUUUGAUUUUUAGAAAAGAUGCUUUCAAAUUCUUACUGGAUCAACAAAAGAAACUUGGAGAUAUUUUCACUGUACAUAUUGCCGGUAGAUAUAUUACCUUUAUCAUGGACCCAUUUCAAUAUGUCUAUGUCAUCCGAAACAGCAAGCAACUUGAAUUUCAUGAAUUUGCUGAUAAAAUGGCUUCCAAAACUUUUGACUACCCAGCCUUGUCGAAAGGAAAAUUCCCCGAUCUCAAGGAAAACCUGCACAGAAUCUACCAGUAUCUACAAGGCAAGCCUUUGGAUAUCAUUUCUGACCACAUGAUGAAAAAUCUCCAGGAUAUAUUUGAAUGGAAAUGCUCACAAGCAACAGAUUGGGAAACAGAAAAAAUGUACAAAUUCUGCUGCUCUGUAAUGUUUGAAGCCAGUUUUGUAACACUAUAUGGAAGAGUUCCUGCUGCAGAUGGCCACAAAGUUAUUAGUGAAAUCAGAGACAAAUUUAUCAAGUUUGAUGCCAGCUUUCCCUAUUUAGCUGCAAACAUACCGAUUGAGUUGCUAGGAGCUACCAAGAAGGUUCGGAAGGAGCUUAUACAUCAUUUUUUACUUCAGAACAUGACAAAAUGGCUGGGAGGGUCAAAAGUGGUCCAAGCCAGACAAGAUAUAUUUGAGAAAUAUGAGCUGCUUGGAGAUUAUGACAAAGCAGCACAUCAUUUUGCCUUCCUGUGGGCCUCUGUGGGAAACACGAUUCCAGCUACAUUCUGGGCCAUGUAUUAUCUUCUGCGGCACCCAGAAGCUCUUGCAGCGGUGCGUGACGAGAUUGACCAUUUGCUGCAGUCAACAGGUCAAGAGAGAGGGCCCACGUAUAACAUCCACCUCACCAGAGAACAAUUGGACAACCUGGUCUACCUGGAGAGUGCCUUAAACGAGAGUUUACGAAUGUGCUCGUCCUCCAUGAACAUUCGCAUCAGCCAGGAGGAUUUUGUUCUCAAGCUUGAAGGGAAUCAAGAAGUUGGUUUGAGGAAAGGAGACUGGAUAGCCCUUUACCCGCAGAUUUUGCACAUGGACCCCGAGGUCUAUGAAGAUCCUAAGGAGUAUAAGUUCGAUCGAUACAUAGAGAAUGGCAAGAAGAAAACCACGUUCUACAAGGCAGGAAGAAAACUAAAGUAUUUCCUAAUGCCCUUUGGCUCUGGGAUCAGCAUGUGUCCGGGGAGGUUCCUCGCAAUGAAUGAGAUGAAGAUGUUUCUUUUCUUACUAUUGGCUCAUUUUGAUGUAGAACUAGCGGAAAACAAAGCUGUCAGACUUGAUAACAGUCGUAUGGGCCUUGGUAUCCUCCUGCCAGACGUUGAUAUUGCCUUCCGCUACAAGCUAAGGUCCUGAAGAAAGUGAGCGGCUGCCUAUAUGCCUUCUACUAAUCUCCAUGUUUGCUCUGUUUCAUCACUCAGCUUUGUAUUUUUGGAAACAUUUGCUUUUCCCUCUCUGCUUUUACCUCCUUCCUAUUUGUUUCUAAGGAGAAAAGCCCUUGGGCUGGAGGUAGAUAUCAGUCGUGGGGACAGGCAACCUCAAUUUGUCCUGCCUGAUUUGUGACUAAUGAGGUGAGAUGACAAGAGUUUGGCCAAGUAAAUAGCCCAAUGUCCCUACAAGAGGUCCCUACAAGUCCCCAUAUACACUUGGCUAUGAGUUGAGUAGGAUUUACAGGGAGGAUGACAUCAAGCUGGAUCCAGGCCAUUUAUAUGGGAAACAGGCUCAGCAGCCCCCUCUGACAGGGGUUCCCCCUGGGUAGAUCCAGAGGUCCCAUACACCCGCCACCUGGAGGCAUCUCUGCGUCUGCUCAUAGAAGCAUAAUAGGAAGAAAGGGGGAACUUAAUUCUGGGGAGGAGGGGUGUGUGUGUGAGAGAAUUUUUAGUGAUUAUUAUUCUAAGUUUUUAUUUACCCUGUUCCCUUCAUGGUCUUGAGUAUCUCAGCCCUUAGUUGGGAGGUGUGAUGGAAGCUGUGCGGGGUGGUGGGGGGUGAUUUGCAAGAAUGUCUUACUGGCAACACAUUUCUGACUUCAGUUUUAUGUACCAAGGGUGAAUGCUUCGCUUUUCUUCUUUUUUUUUUUUUUUUUUUUUUUGGUGCAAUGCAAAGAAAUUAAAAUCUGUGAUUUUUCCCUGCAGUCAUUUAAGGUCAGAAGGGAGGUUCUGUUGAUUUUAAUAGGCUCUGGAUCAAGCCUAAAUUAUCUAUUUUGGCUUUUGAGCCAGAACAGUAUAUUCUUCAGGGAGAAAAUAUAUGAGCCUGUUUGAAAUGAUUCUAUCAUCUCAAAAGUUACCUUCUGUUUGUCUUACUGUUUUCAUAGUAACACAGUUGUGUGUUUAUUUUGACCAUGUAUUGUGUUUGUUCCUUUCUCCAAAAAGGCAAAAGAAGAAGGCAUGCCUUCAAGGGCAAGCGUGGUAUCUAAAACUACUUUUUAAUAGCCUUUUACUGUGCCCAAGUUAUGCAUAGGCAGAGUAGUGUCACCUCUGUUUGGAAAAGACUUGUCCAUCUACAAAUUGGAAAAUAGGCUCUUCCCUUGGGCCAAAAUUUGAGCAAGCAAAAACCCUGGGCAACCACGGAAGUUGUCUGUACACUGACUGCCCAACCUGCUUCACUGGUGACCAGCUCUUCUUUCAAAAAUUAAUUUCCUAGUGUGCGAGAUCUGAGAUUUUUAGACCUUGUCUCUCUUCCCAGACAUCGCUUCAGAGACUGAUGAGGAUUCUCGUGGCUGUCCAGUCUCAGUUUGCCAAGAUGAUAAUUGUGAUGGGAGAGUAGCCAUGACUGUGUGCCUUGCCUUGUGUUCCCAAAAAACAUCUCUCUUUGGGAUGUGCCAGCGUAAGUCUUUUAAAAUCAGAAAUUUUGCUCAUCCCUAAAGCACUUGAUGGAAACUCUUACGUACAUACUAAGGAUUAGAAUUAUUUAUUGUUCUUUGUGUAGAAGCCUGUUUAGUUAUUCGUGUAAAGCACAUACCCUAAAUAAGCAUCAACAUCAGCAGAAAGGCUUUCAGAAAUUGGCACAGCCACAUUCCAAAUCCUCCGAGGAGAAAAUUGUGGUUUUGUGAGAUAUAUUGGAUAAACAUUUUCUCUUCAUAUAUAAUAUCAGUAAUGUCUACAGUGUUGGAGUACGCUUACAUUAAAUGGGCUUUGCAGUUGAUUAAAUGCUUUAACUUUGCUUCAACAUUUAAUCAACAGCAAAAGCUGAUUAUUGCUUUGUGCCACAGAAUAAAAUUUGUUUCUAUGGAGAGGUUCUUGUACUCAAGUCACUUACUGCUGUAGUUACUCUGUAGGAGCUAUUCUGUACUCAGCCAUAGCUCACAAUCCAGUUUGGACAUUAGAGCCUGGUUUAUUGAGAGAGGAAACAUUGAUAUCAUUAUACUGUUGACUGUAUUCCAUUAUUGCUUAAAUGUAAGCAGUAAAAUGUCUCAUGCCACAGUUAUGAUAAAUCUUUCUUUGGCAUCCAACUUUGAAACAAACCUGAAGCUACUGCGAAAAUAACAGUAGGUAUUUGUUUUAAACAUGAGACUUUUUUUUGUAAUUGUAUUCUAUUUUUAGGAUUUUGAAUUAGAAUAUCACAGGCUGCUGCAUAAUUUGGUAGGACAUCAUAGGUCUGUGCCAAAAGUACAUGCAAAUCAUUAGUAAUUUCAGAUUAAUUGCUGAUCAGUUUGUAUAGUAUCUAUUUUGAAAUUAAAAGAAGAGCUAGAUUGUCUACAAAAUAGCAGAUUAAAUCUGUAGGGCAUGCUUCCAUUUAAAAAAGAAAAAAAGGGCCAGAAUCUUUCCCAGGAGUUGCAGGAAAUGUCCAUGAUGGCACUUGGAGGCCUUGCAUCGGGGUUGGAGAGCACUCUUUGCACCAUGCAAGAGGCCAGUGUUUUAAAAUCAUAGAAUGGUUAGAGUUGGAAGGGACCUUAAAGAUCAUCGGGUUCCACACCCCCCCGCCAUGGGCAGGGACACCUCCCACUAGACCAAGUUGCUCAAAGCCCCAUCCAGCCUGGUCUUGAACAUUUCAAGGGGGAUACACUUUGCUGGGAUUAAAGUUAGUUGCUCUUUUUGCUCAGGGACCAAAAUAAUCAAACGUAAAUCAGGGCCUGCCCAGCCUGUCCUGGAACUGUGUCCCUGGAAACCCAUGCUCCGGGUAGAUUAGUUUUGCUGGUAAGCAAUGCAUCACUACCUUAGCCUACCCCAGCUGCAGGGGAGGUAAGCCUCACACCCCUGUAAAGUCACAAGUGCUAGAGCAGGACAGAGGAAACGUUAAGCCCUUCUGGUCCAUCUACUCAGUAGCUAAGGAGGUGACUUAUUGAGAGUCAGCAGCUGGUCUGACCAGGAGGGACUGGUUCUCCAAGGAGCAGGGAGUGAAAGGCCCACGGUGCCAGUAUUCCUGGUCAAUAAACCAUAGCAGCACAACGGGAUGAACGUGAACCAUCCCUGGAGGUCCUAGCUGGAGCCAAGCUGGCCGCAGCAUGCUGCACCGAGGAGAGCAUGUUUCAUGACGUAGGGAGCAAUACGGUUUUUGAUGACCUCCUCUGUCGCAGAACCCAGGAGCGACCCGCUCUUAGCGUCUGUCACUGGGGCCUUAAGAUGGCAAAACCACCUAAGCAGAAACGGCAGCGCUGUUUGCAAGCGUUCAGGUGCCGGUGGUGCUGCAGAGGUGAGCGGUGGGAGGCAGUCGCACCUUGUGCUUCCUUGUCUCUCCUCUCCACUUCAGCGGGGGGGGGGGGGGGUCUGGCCUGCAAGCCCAGCAAUGCUCCUCCAGUCCACUCACCCAGCAGGGGUAGGGUCAGACAGGAGGAGCACACGGGUGCCCCUUCGAUUUGUCUGCUGUUCCUCUAGCGAAAUGGGGCACGCAGUCACCAGUAUGAGACGCGACUCGGCUGGUCAGGACCAGCCUCCAACUGUAAGUUGUCACUGCCUGUGGCUAUAUCGAUAAUAUCUUCUGCUAUUAAAAAAAAAAUUAUAAUCUUUUUUUCUUACAUAAAAUAGGUUUGCUAAGUCAGUAUGGCCCUUUAUAGCACCCAAGAAGAAAAGUGAAUUCAUCAUCAACUAAUGUGAAUGCUAAAAUGUGAUAUUUUUUUUAUUACUAUUCUUAUUUUAAUUUACAGAUCGUAUGCUCUCCAUUUUCAUGCUGGCAUUCAGUACUGCUAUAAGCUACUGUAAACUUUUAAACUGUCACAUUACUUAAAAGACCAUGCUAGUCUAUGUGUACCUGUUUGCAAAUUAAGACUUUCACAUCUCUGCCAAUAUGUCCUAAUGCGCUAAUACAAAACCAUGUAAGA